AUGGCAGUUGCUGCUCUGGCUCGCUUCUCAGCAGCGCAGUCUGUUCACGGUUCCGGUGCUCUUGGCACAGUCAUGGGCCCAGUUGCCUUUCUGUGGCCAGCUGAUCGCGCAUGGGAUGGUGCUCAUGAUAACACUGGGCCAUGUGGAAGCAAUGCUGCCAUUGUUAACAGAACACUGUUUCCCAUCGGCAGCAUGGGCACGAUUGAGACCACCAUCGCCGCUGAUGCGUCGAAGAUGGCUAUCCGUAUUGCAUAUGGCAACAAUCCCUCUUCCCAAACCGAGUUCCAGGACACUCAAGGCAAUGUCACAGAAUUGGAGCCAGGCCACCAAUGCUACCCAGUCAAGACCGACGCCGAGAAGGUGACUCCUGGCUCGAAUGCUACUAUCCAGAUCGAGUACAUUGGCAAUGACAGCGGAACUGAUGAGACUUUCUUUGCCUGUGCCGAUAUCACCUUCGUCGAAUCUGCAACCUUCGAAUCCACGGACAACAUGUGCUUCAAUGUCGGCGAGUCAGAGUUCAUCCCAGCUGGCACUACACCCACGACCUCAACCCCGGCAGCCACUGGCGCUGUAUCGACCAGCUCCGAGCCAUCAGUCUCGACCGAGGAAAAGUCUAGUGGUGGACUGAGCACUGGUGCUAAGGCUGGUAUCGCUGUUGGGGCCAUCGUCGGAGCUGCUUUGAUCGCUGGUGUUGCUUUCUUCGCUCUCCGUCGCAAGCGCUCUACCCCCAAGGAUGCUGAGGCUCAGCCUCCAAUGGGCAAGGUUGUCAGCAGUUCUGCCUCUAUCGGAUCUGCACAAACUGCACAUUAA